AUGGACCAUUGGCAGAAAACUCACAUUCCGUGGAAUAGUCCGUUUGCUGCUCAACAGCACACUCAACGUUCUCAGCUGUCUAAAGGAUUCGCUGGCAUUCAGUCAGUGUCGCGCGAUUUUCAACGAGUCAUAGAACUAAUGAAUUCUCGUAAAGGAGCAAUUAGAAACUUCAUACCCUCUCAAGUGCGGGCAUGUCCAUCACCGGGAGUUUGGGAUGAUCCAGGAAGAAUUUUAACGAACAUCGAAGCGACACUAGAAAUAGGGCGCCUUAAGGUAGAUGGAUCAACUGGUGUUCGGGAAUGUGCACAGCAAUCCGGGAAUGCUAGUCGAGCUAGCAUUUCUGGUAAAAUUUUCGAACGGAAGGAAAAGAUAGUAGUACGUCGUGACGGUUACAAGGAAGAAGUGAUCCCUUACAUAUCCACUGUCCAGCUCCUGAAAAGAAACCAGUUUGGUGAAGAAGACAUUGCUGCAGUGGCAACACUUGAGAAACUGUCACAAAAGGCAGUACAUCCUAUAAAUGGCAAGUACCCAGCAUCGACACAAAAGGGCACUACAGAGAACCUGAUGUUCGUUCUAAUGCUGCUUGCUCAAGCGGUUGUGGCACCACUGUACGGUAGUCGUCACAUUCCUCGUGGUCACACUCGAGACUUAGUGAAACUCUUCGAUAGAAUGGUAAAAGAUGCUGGGCGCGGCACCACAUCUCUGAGAGCGAAAUCACUACCUCCAUCGAAACAACGCACUCAGUUCACUAGAAGUCGUUCAGUUCAGAGAAGAGCAGAUUCAUCUAUACAGAUUGGCGUUUCGAAGUCGGAGUCUAAAACACAGUUUGGAUUCCGAGAACUGUUGACGAAGAAACUCUCAUUACCAACACAAGGUGUUGUGAACGAGAAUCAAAUGAAUUCAUCUCGACCCCUGGUAGUGUCGUCAGAGAGAAAUAACUAUAGCGAUGCGCACGCGCUGUCAUUUCACGGUUUGAAUUUGGCAAAACAACAGUUAACCGGAGUACUAGCCUGCUUUUGUAGUGAAAUCGGAAUAGACGGCAUUGUUGAGGACGAAGUGGUAUCAAAUGACAGUACUGAUGAACGUAGGAUGUCAACUCCAGUAGGAAGUCGUGACGAAAGUAUGUCGUUGAAUCAAUAUUUUGCACUGAUAAGCUCACAUAAGGUAGGUGAUCUCUCGAACGCUUUCGGUCAUUUGCCCUCGAUAGACUCUCUGAAUAUCUCUGCUAUCCUACAUAGCAAAUGUGUAGGAAGUGAGUUUAACGGAAGCACACAUUUUUCUGAGCAUAAUAGUCUCAUUGAUAUCCACAAAGAAAACCGAGAAAAACGCACGCUUAACGAGCCCGGUAGUGACUGUGAGCAACCGGCAGCACUCAAAGAAUCACAUCCACCUCAAAGGCUACCCUUAUCACAUCGAAACAGUAUUCAAAGUGGCUGUUCUUUCCAGCACAGACAAUCGGCAGAUGGAGAACAGUGUCGCAGUAGUGAAUCACAUUCCACACGUCAUUACAAUGAAAUUGAGCAAGUGAAGGUAGAUGCCGAAAUUGAUCGACUAUUCGAGUUCACUGAGGAACAGGAACACGAUGAUCUGGGCACAAUUGGAUGCGAAACAUUGCCAGAGAGGGAAAUUUCCGUAUUGAAGCAUGGUGAUGCUGAUACCGCACGAGACGACGGCAUGAGUCCUAAUCGAGCUAUCCAGCACAUUAGUCGUGUUUCCGUAGAUCCUCCAGUACCACUUUCGCCUCUUUCUGCGCCAGCUGCUGGAAUCGGUGUCGGUACAUAUAAAUCAAGAAAGGAAAUUAACGGGAAAAAGAAAUUGAAAGAUGGAAUUUAUGUUCAAGAGAAACAGAUUAGGAUGACGAUGGAAGUGCUUGCAUUGGCAAGAAAAAGCCAGGACUCGAUGCAGGAGGAGGGUUCGUUUAUGAAGGCAUUUCCAUGUAUUGUACUAAAGAAAUUCUCUUUGAUCAGUGAAGACGAGGUGGAUGCCCAUCGCACACUAUUAUUGGCUCGUGAACGCCUUGAUCUGUUGCGGUGUGAGAUGAAUCUCGUUUCGGCGUUGUCGGCAUUUCGCAUUCCGCCGCGGCUAGUUUCUCAAGAGUUACGUGGAACGAUGACGAUAUCAAAUAUAACAUGUCAUUUAAGCAGAUAUUUCUGUUGGCGAGAACCUAAUGAUGACUCUUCUUAUGCGUUUCUGAUACUUCUGAAAUGUGGUACUGAAGUGCAGGCGACUGCUCCCAUUUCGUUAUUCGCACAUAAUCAACUUCGAGUUCGUCAACUCACAUUUGCUGAACACAUCCAAUUUGUUAAUCUGCCUGUCGAUUUCAAUGUGGUUGUGGAAGUGUGCGCCAUGGAGCUGCCUAUUUCAAAAAAAAGCGAGCAGUCAUGUGCAACUAACAUUGCCAAGAAGUGUCUCAACUUACUGAAUUCAGACCGUGUAUCAAACGAUAAAUGCGUCAUGGAAGCGUUAUUGGGUAGUAUUGCAUCGUGGUGUGAUAUACCUCUGGCAAUAUCGGAGCGAUGA